AUGUAUGUGAAAUGGUUUGAUACAGUAAUGGAAUACUAUGUGAUUUUAGUGAUUUUAGUGAAUGUCACUUUUUGUCAUUUUUUAAUUUCCCGCCGUUCCGUCCCCCGUACGUCCCGACGCUCACAGGGGACGGAACCCAUAUGACAGAUGCCGGCAUCCGCCGGAUUACAUUGUCGGGGACACUGCAGGAGGGACAUCGUGGGAGCGCAGGACAAGGUAAGUGAUACAGGGAUCGUGGAGCAGCGCCGCAUGGUAUUCCCGAGUGUAGCUCGGGGUUACCGCUUGUGCUACACUCGGAAUACCGCCAGGGAGGUU